GCAAAUCGCUUGUUUAUCUCAUUCGCGGUCACUCAAAAUUACGGCCGUCUACAGGCUGCCAAGGUUGCUCUCACCAUGCAAACUGACGGUUGAGUGUUGCGAUUGCCAAUAAUAUCUCAUGAAUACAAAUGUUACUACUGUUUCUAGGUUAUGAACACCAAGGAUAAUAUAACUUGGUCACACAGGACUACGAUAAGCACUAGUGAAAUGCCGUACUGAUUAACUAAUUAAUUAAAGCCUUAAUGCUCUAUUCAUUAUUAUCACCUGCUAAUAUAACACAACUUGAAGUUGAAAUGUCACAAUCUUAGCCUUUUUUGACGGGAGAAUGCUUUUUCACGUUUCCCAUCUAGACUUAUGAAAGUAUUAGUGUCAAAAUACAUCAGGGUCCUGAUGUAUUGAUUCGAAUCAAUCUUUUAUCUUAUGAUGUCAUCCACCUAUAUACCGGUGCGUCUCCCGAUAGUUGACUGGCCCAAACUAAGGUGAAAUACUAGUAACCUGUGAUCUUUUUAGCUAUGACUGAUUCUGGAAGUGUAAUUAUUUAUCUGCAUAUCACAAAUGACAGAGUUUACUUUAAGCCUACAGUUCAUAUGAAGAUACCUUGGAAACUGUGUUGAUGCUCGUGUAUACGACCGGCUUUUAGACAGCAUAAGCUACCUCAAAAUAUUCGAAAUAAGAAACUAAUUUAACUUUACCAUUACAUAGAAUUCAUGGUGUAAUUCUCUAAUUACGGCGGCCACUUUUCAAACAUGCUAACUAGUCCACUUCUGCACCCGUAAGUAAAUUGUCAUUUGCAGUGUAAUAUCGUGUCAGCACAAUAAUUGGAGCAAGUUGGAGAAAUAUGGAUGGAAAAAUAGCUGUUUUAAGUAGGGAGUUACAUUAUUGCUUCCGUGAGGUAAUGAGCAGUACAUAGAGUGGACUAUCUUUAGUAAGAGAAUUGAAUCACUUUCUUGCGUCAAAUAGCUUGAGGUGGUUUCUGCAUGCUGGAAUGUCCCAUCCGGAGGGCUAUUUGGUGCUGAGAUACUGAGACAGACGGGGUAGAAAUGUGACAUCCGUGAAUGUACGAAAUGAUUCUCAUACUAAGUGAUUGCAUUUAUUGCAGUUGUCACCAGUGAGGCAAUCCUAAUAAAUAGAUAUGUGGGCUAGACAGUGUGACUCCAAAUUCGUAAGAGUACUUUGAAUGUACUGUUUCCACAUACUAAACUAAUGUCUGUUAUAUCUCUUCUCGCACAAAUGAUCUUUGUCACUUAUUUUAACAUAGUAAUCAACUCCUGCUUAUACGUUGACUUAAGUUUGUUGAUACUGACGAUAUAGAUUGUUUCAAGUUGUAAUCUUUAUACAUUUGUGUACUUGUGUAUGUAUCACAUGGGUUGCUUAGUGCCAUGUCUUUCGAAGAGUUGUUUUAAAUUUCCAUUCUGUUUAAAAAGUGACUGGUUUUGAAAAGAACGUUAAUGGUGUAUAUUAUGCUUACAAAUUCCUGCACUUAAAAGAAGACAGACUCAUCCCUUUCCUUCCCUAAACAAAGUCAUUGUUAAAAAUGUGGUUCAGAGAUAUAUAACCAGUCGAGAAAUGUGGUAGUGCUUUGCGAAACAGCGUUGAGGCGUCUCCCCGGUUAGUGGUGCUGUAGAACAUUUUCGCACUGACCCUUACUUCAAGGGUAAGAAAUGAAUUGGUUGAAUGUUUCGACUGCCUUGUAUACAAAAGACUCGUUUGGCGUUCACAAAGUGAGAUGGUUAGGACGUGUUUUACGUAUGCCUAUCCAUCGCCUUCCUCGAAGGGCAGUAUUAGCUGACAUAGGAUUGAUCAGGUUGGAGAAGAGUUAGCUAGUGGUGGUCAAACCAAAACAAGGCUUCAUCAGUCAAUGGAGUCCACAACAGUUAGUUUAAGCCACUUAGGAAGAUGUAGACUUCCUGGUUGGAGUCCUCGAGACGAUGAACACCAAUGGCUGGAGACAAUUGAUGAUAUGGCUCAAAAUCGUUCUCAUUGGCUGGUGUAGAUACAUUUACUCCUUGUGACUUAUAAUACCCAAUAUUGUCCUUCGGUAUUACUAUUCUUUCUGCCUCAUCUCUGUUUACUGUCUCUGUUUUGCGUUUUUUGUACUUUCUUCCCUUGCUUUGUGCGCUACAUGGAGUGUGGAGUCUCGAAUUGCUGCACAUCGGUGCAAAGUUCUAUGUUGAAACCAGUUAGUCACAAACUUGUAUUAUUUUAAGAACGGCUGUCAUAUACCUUUGUUUAUCAAGCGUGUGUGCGUUAUAUGCAGUAAUUCACUCUCCUAAUAUCGAAGUGGCAUUGCCUUUACAAGAUGAGUGGUAUUAGACUGUAGCUUCUGUUAGACCCCACUUUAAGCGGAGCAAUGUAGUUAAUAAUAAGGUUGUGUAGAUUGUGACGCAAGGAGAGGAGACCAGUCAACGAAGCUGCGAAGCCCCGUUGAUUGAAAUGGUUGGGAUAUGUAUUUCUCAUGGUAAACUCCAGCUUCCCACUGUGAGUAAUGUUAACUGAAAGUGAAUUAGGUCGGGAAAGUUGAGAUUCAAACGAAAAAGUGACACGAACUGGUGAAACAGUUUGUUGUUGGUUUUAGGCAGGCACAGACUGUCUGGUUAAAAACUUUGGAUGCUAAAAUGCUGAGAAUUCCAUUCUGUAUCACAAGUACUGUUUUGGAAUAAAGCUAUUAUCUUAAAAAUCGGUGGUUGGGGACUGUCGGUAAAUGAUUUGGGUAGUUCGCAGUUCUAUCCUUGUACUUACCCACUAUCAUCAAUCAGGUUUGGGAACUCAUUACUCUUUAUCUUAUCAUUUUCUUUCGUCUAUUUCCACUCUCCGUAGUUUUUUAGAAAUUUCUUUACUCUACUCUUACAGUUUUCUGAAAUUCGGCAACUUGAGCUGAUACAUCUUUUUUUCAAAGUUUUCUCUCAGUUAUUGUAAAAUUGAUCCACCUAAUGGGACAAACUGUCGAAAAACGGAUUUUAAGUACGUAGGCAUCAUAAAGCCUAGUUCCUUUCGAAGGUAAUGGUGGAGCUUUAGUCAGGAGACUGACUAGAUUGCUUGGGAAAACAUGGGAGAUUGAGAUUGACCUUGAGUAUGCAGAAAUUAUCGUCUUGCUGUACGAUGACACAUGAUCUACCUAAAAUGUACCAGAUCAGUUGGCGAUCAUUACUUGUAAGUGUGAUAUGCGCUUGCAAUGUCCAAGUGCUUCGAAAUUGGGAGGAGCCUGAGCUCACCUUAGCAAAUAAAUGUAUAAAAAUAGUUGAAAAGUACAUGUAUUCAUGUAGUUGUAUGAGUGCUUGAGGAGGUGAAACGGAUAAAAGUUUCCGAUUGUAUAGUAGAAGGCAGAGAGGUUUAUAUAUAUCUGGUUUACCUGUAGUACCAUUGUGACACCAAUCUGUCCACCAAAGCCGAGUUCACUAAACUUUAGUGCUUGUAAUCUUAUUCCCCACCUGUAAAAUUUGGCUGCAUAGUUAAGGAUUUGUGUUGACCAUGUAUUCACUCUGUGAUGUCUCUGUAGGAUUACUUGCACUCAGUGUAGGCGAUUCUAGGGUUUUUUGGGGUGUGUUCGGUUGUGAUGAACAUCACCUUUCAAUAAGUGAUAUCAACUUAGGAUACCAGCUUUGGUGAUUUGGUCAUGUAACGGUAAUGUCAAUCCAGUGGUUUCCAUACCGUAUAAUUUGCUAACUCCGGAAUUCACUUCCGCAGCUACUUUAUUUCAUCUUUGUUGUCUUGUUAUUUUCGUGGCAUAUUCCUUGAUGUUUUAUGCUAAGUAAUAAAUAGAUUGUUGAUGGAUGUCUCACAAAUGUACAAAGUUACCCUUGGUGAUGAGAUCCAUCAGUCUAAGCAUUCAAUUCGCACUUACCGAGUUUACAGGCUCAAACUUUAUUCCACUUACUGAGGUAUGAAAAGUCAGGUCGUAUCUCUUGUCGCAUUACUUAUGUGACUCGUUUCCUAAUAGACUGUCUCUUAUAAUGGCUGGUUUGCGUUCGAUUUCAAUAUUUUCUGUAUGCUAUGAUAUAAAUUUUGCUGUUGAAUUUAGCUCAGUCCUCAUAAUUGAAAAGCGUGUUCCUCUGGUAUGUUUUUAGUGAUAUGCAACUGCAAUUUCAUUAUUAUACAGUUGUAUAACAAGUGUACAGAUCCAGUCGAUUAUAAAGGGGAGAACAUCGUGCAAACAAAUACUAUCGAUGUGGGUGUAAAUCAUUUUGUUGAUAUUCCAAAUGUUAACAAUUCUGUAUCUCAAUACUGUUGUUAUGACAAUAUCUAUCCAUUGAAUCAAUAUGCUAACGGUUAUAUAUCCAAUGUAAACGACAGUGGUCUACAUAUACCUUAUUUAAAUCAAGACAUUCCUCCUUCACACGUUAUAUGUUCUUCAAGUGUUGAUUUAAGGCAUAUCAACAGCUAUCCAGUGUAUACCCUCCCUUCAUCAUCUUCAUUCUCUUUGGUCUCUCCGUCAAAUUUCUCAAAGAAAUUUUGUAUUCCUACAACUCAUAAAACACCUGUCUCUGAAUUUCCAUCAUCCAGUGAUACAUAUAUUAGUUCGAGUCUUGUUUCUAAUAAUUUGCAACCAAAUCAUGAUUUUACCGAUGGACUAUUCUACUGCCCUGCAAGUAGCACAAAUUACCCCAUAACUAGUAUAACAUCCUGUCCACUCGAAUUUCCUACUGCAACAUUUACAGAGAACAACCAGUCGACAAAUAUUACUCAGCCUUCCUCACCUUUUGUACAUAUUUAUUGUUCACCCUAUCACCAAGAAUAUUCUACCUUCGAGUAUCAUGGAUCUUAUUUCCCCUCAGUAACAAGCUCUUCCCAACACUCAUCCAUUUCAAGUCUUAACGACCAUUCGUUUACUGUUCCUGUGGAUCCUAUCACUCAGCCUUUUUUCUAUCCAGUUCAUUCCAACUGCUCGUAUAGUAUGGAUCAGUCAACUAGUGAACCUUCAAAUUACAUGCCGGACUUUACUACGGGUAAUGGUGAUGAGGUAUUUGAUAAUAAUUGUUAUACAUUUCACACUUCAUUUAGUCUGUUUGGAGAUGAGACAACCGAAAACAGCAUGCAACAUCUUCAUCAACACCCUGUAACAGAUUUAAAUAAUGUGGACAAAAAUCAGACAGAUAAACAGUUGAUAUCACCAUCUGCAUCAUCGUCAUUCAUAGAGUCUUCGAUAUCAGAUAUUGAUUUGUACAAUUUAGAAGAAUUGUUAGCUAGGACAUCGAUUGCUGAUGCCUAUCUAGGACCUGUUAGAAAUAAGGAUGGGAAAUUUAUCCCCUUAGAUUGUGAAAGUAGUGCAAUUUUUAGUAAUAAUCUAACAUCUUUACCAUAUUCUUCAACAUCACUCGCAUUUUCUCCACCUGGGAUACAAAUUAUUACAGAGAUGUGGUCUAUAUUCCUACGGGAUCGUCUAAGUCAAUGUAAUAACCGUAUACAUAACAUGUCCAUGGAUGUUCUACGUAAUUGUCUACACGAUCAUGGCUUAAAUCAACUGGGCUGUGGAACUGUGUUAAAACGUCGCUUGCAAGAGUUUGUACGACGAGCACGUGUAGCUCAGUCAAUUGAUCAUAAUACUGAGAUCCAAUUCAGUGAUGAUGAUAAUGAUAAUUCUGGAGACGUUGAAAACAGUAUCGAUAAUGCUAAUCAUGAAAGCAGUGUUCUCGGUGAGGUGAACUUAAACUCACAAAUAACUAACACUAGUGGAAAUGAUAAAAUUAAAUUGAAAAAAUCACCGAUCAAUGCAAUGACAAAAUUAUCAAAACCGGUUAUACUGACACCAGAUACAUUUUAUUCCUAUCUACUAAUAAUCGACUUAGAAGCUACCUGUGAAUCAAGGGAGAAAAUCAUCAGUGAUGCUGAUUAUCCACAUGAGAUCAUUGAAUUUCCCAUAUUAUUAUACAACACAAGAUUACGUAAGUGUGUGAGUGUAUUUCACGCUUAUUGUAAACCGAAAUUACAUCCUGAUCUAAGUGAAUUCUGUACAGAUCUAACCCAGAUUCAUCAAGUUCAGGUGGAUAAUGCUCAACCAUUUCCUCAUGUUUUACUACAAAUUGAAGAGUGGCUGUUUAAGCAGCAUCAGUUAGCUAACAUGAGGUGUGCUAUCGUCUGUGAUUGUAACGCUGACAUGAGUAAAUUUAUGCGUAUUCAAUGUCGUCUGGCUAAUAUACCUUUGCCUAGUUGGGCUAAUAUAUGGAUUAAUCUGACUAAAGCAUUUCGUACCUUUUACAAGUUUCCAGCACGUUAUCGCAUAACAUUGAAUGUUAUGUUGCAUGAUUUAAAUUUAUCUUUUGUUGGUCAACGACAUCGUGGUCUGGAUGAUGCAAUUAAUAUACUACGUGUUGUACGUACAUUAUUGGCUGAUGGAUGUCAGCUGCGUGUCAAUGAACGUAUCGACUUUAAUAAACCACCUUCCUUUGUCUCAUCUGUACCAAGAGUUGUAGCUGAAGUAACAUCAGGUGUAAUGGGUAGUAAACUAGUCCUGUUAUCAUCAUCUCCACGCAAAAGUAAGCUGAAUAAUGGAAAUCGUAAUCAUGAAAAUCAAAAAAUAUCAUCGGCAUCUGCUAAUCUUGAUGAAAGUCAUCGUGAGUCGUUCUUGUGGUUGGCUAACGUUCAGAAAACACGAGUUCCUAGAAGUGACUAAAUAUGUCCAACUUCUUGCUAUGUACUCUCUCUUUUAGUUUCAAAAUUCUACUUCACAUUCUUUAUUUUAUUUUUAUUUAAAAGAAAAUUUAUUCGCUCACACUACAAUUGCUGUCCCAUUGUUCUCUUUUCAAGUUUACAGUUUUUGUCACCCCUUAUAACUAUACUACUUUAUAUUUAAAUGAGUACUAUAAGUAAUACCUAAAGAUUAUUAGAGACUUUAACAUUUGUAAAAGUCAUAGAGAGGAAUUCAACGGGAUGUAAAUGUAUGUAUCAUACAAGGGAUAGUUGUUUUUUUUGUAAUUUGGUUCUCCUUCUUUCCUUCCUUGUAUCUUUUAUUUUUAACUUUUGCUUUGUGCCAAAAAAACAGUGCUACCCAAUGUUUAAUUAAAUUGAUUUGUAAAGGUUAUUAAAAAGUAAGGAAGGAAAAGAAUAUUACUUCCACAUACUUCUGCUGUUUUGUGAUCAAGCAGAUUUUAUUUUUUUGCUGAGUAGUAUAUACACUGGAGGGGAUAAAAAAAGAGGUUUCUGGAUGUCUGAUUUACUAUUUUACUCCUCUUCUUCUUCACGGUAUUAUUUUUGUGCAUGCGUAAUUUGAUUACGUGUUCCCCUUUUUUUAUUUCAUUCUGUCUUCUUUGUUCAAUAUUUUCCUAACAACAUGGUGAUAAUUUUCAUUUCCUUGUAUGAAAUUGAAAGUGAGGCGUGUUUGUUUCGCUACCUGUUGAAUACUAUUGACAGAGAGAUUGUUGUAUAUUAAAAGGUGAGCAUGUUUAUGCAUGUAUGACACAUGCUUAUAUUAUCAUAUAGAUAUAUAUAUACACACACUUAAAAGUGUUUAUCAUGAAUUGUAUGUGUAUACAAAGGGGAAGAGUAGUCUAGUGUCUUCAACUUUCUGCACAUAUUACAACAAAUACUACUCUUUCAACUGUUUAAAUUAUUAUUAUUAUUGCAAUUACUAUUGCUAUUAUGAUGAUUUAUUGAAAUAAAGAUUAAAGCUAUUACAAUUCUCUGAUGGUGGUUCUCUUCUGUAACUAACUAAUGAAUGAGUUGUUGUAUUCAACUGUAACUUAUGUCUGUUGUGUAGUGAUAACCAGUAGUGUGCAUACUGCUUGUUUGUUAAAACUGAAAUAAAGAACUCCGUAAUA